AUGGCCAAGUCAAAGAAUCACACGAAUCAUAAUCAGAACAGAAAGGCUCACCGUAACGGUAUCAAGAGGCCAAAGAAGCAAAGAUUCAUGUCGAUGAAGGGUGUCGAUCCUAAAUUCCUCAAGAACUUACGCUUUGCCAAGAAGCACAACAAACGACAUGUUAAGAUGGAAUCUGCUGCCUAA